ACUUCAUAUCUUAAAGAGAAGAAGAGGAAGAAAAGAAAUGAUAAAGAUGAAAACUAGAAUGUUGAUCAUCUUCUUCACUCUAGUUUUGCUUCUAAGCAUGGCUUCGAGUGUUAUUUCAAGAGAAGAUGGAUUUGCUCCUCUUAAACCAUCUCCCUCCUCCAGGACCUCCACGCAUGAGAGUAGAAAAGGCAAUGGAGUUGGAGUAGAGUGCAAGAGUUCAGACAGUGAAGAAGAAUGCCUUGUUAAGAAAACCGUAGCUGCUCACACCGAUUACAUCUAUACACAAGACAUGAACAUAUCUCCUUGAAACAAGAACAUUUGCCCUUUGUUUUUCAUUUAAUACAAGCUAUAAGCAUAAGCAAAGUGUCCUUGACCAUGUGCUAUCAUGUUCUUUUAUUUUAUUCUAAUCGUCGUUUGCUUU